AUGGAGCUGACCAUCUUCCUCAAGAACAACAAAGACAUGUUCACGUGGUCACCAUCUGACAUGCCCAGCAUGGACCCAAACAUCAUCUGCCAUCGGCUCCAUGUCAACCCUACUAGCAAGCUCGUGGUGCAGAAGAGACGCAACUUUGCUCCCGAGCGGGUCGCGAUCAUUGAAGUCGAGAUCGACAAGCUCUUAGAUGCCGGUUUCAUUGAAAAGGUCUCCUACUCGGAAUGGUUGGCCAACGUUGUUUUGGUGGAGAAACAAGAAAAGGGAAAAUGGAGAGUAUGUGUCGAUUACACGGACCUCAACGAAGCAUGCCCUAAAGACAACUUCCCAUUGCCGAGAAUCGACCAGCUCGUGGAUUCAACUUCCGACAACCAGCUGCUCAACUUCAUGGAUGCUUACUCUGGCUAUAAUCAAAUUAUGAUGUACGAUGAUGACAAGGCGAAUACCUCUUUCAUCAUCGAAAGAGGGACCUACUGCAAUAAGGUCAUGCCCUUUGGGCUGAAGAACGCCGGAGCAACCUACCAAAGGCUCGUGAAUAAAAUUUUCAAGGAGCAGAUCGGCAGAACCAUGGAGGUGUACGUGGACGAUAUACUGGUUAAAGCCCCCAAGCGAGUAGACCACCUCAAAAACCUCACCGAGGCGUUCAACAUGCUCCGCCAAUAUCGCAUGAAGCUGAAUCCAAGUAAAUGCACGUUCGGUGUAUCAUCUGGCCGGUUCCUGGGGUACUUAAUGAUGCAACGAGGUAUCGAGGCACACCCGCGCCAAAUCAAAGCCAUUCUCGAGAUGAAGUCGCUUUCCACAGUGAAGGAAAUGCAAAGCUUGACGGGCAGAUCAGUGGCCCUCAACAGAUUCCUCUCAAAAUCUACCGACAAGUGCAGACCAUUCUUCAAAGCUUUGAAGAAGGGACAAAAAGACAAAUUGGACGAAGAGUGCGAAGUAGCUUUCCAGAAUCUAAAGACCUACCUUACUUCACCUCCCCUGCUCUCAAAGCCAGUUCCUGGUAAAGACUUGUUCGUGUACCUGGCAAUGUCCAACUCGGCCGUCAGCUCAGCUCUCAUCCGAGAAGAACUUGGGGCCCAACAUCCGAUAUUCUACACGUCAAAAGCUCUCCUCAAUGCAGAGACUCGCUACCCGAAAUUGGAGAAGCUCAUUUUGGCCCUUGUGGUUUCUGCGAGAAAGCUGCGUCCUUAUUACCAAGCUCACCGAGUCAUCGUCAUGACCGACUUUCCUUUGAGAUCAAUCGUCCACAGCCCUGAUGCUUCUCAGCGACUCAUGAAGUGGGCUAUAGAGCUAAGCCAAUACGACCUCCUUUACUGGCCGAAGAUUGCAAUAAAAGCUUAA